GUGUCCUCAUCCCCAUCUCCCUGUCACUGUCCCCAUCCCCUCCCCAGCCAUCUCUGUCCCCAUGUCACCAACCCCAUCUCUCAGACAUCCUCAUCUCCCUGUGACUAUCCCCAUCUCCCAGCCAUCUCGUCCCCACCUCUCAGCCACCCCCAUCUCUCAGCCAUCACAAUUACUGCCUCCACUUUCCUAGUGUCCCCAUCUUCGUCUCCACAUCCCAACCAUCUCCCUAUCACCACCACCAUCCCCGCUUCCCACCCAUCCCUGUAUUGCCAUUGUUUUUUUCCCCUCAUUCCAGCCAUCCCUGUGUUGCUACUGUCUAUGCAUCUUGCUGUCCCUGCAUGACCACCACCAUCAUCGACACAUCCCAACCAGCCCCUCCUCAUCACCUCCUCCAACCUCACUUGCUGGAUCACACUGUCCUCUUCCCCGUGUCCCAGCCAUCUCCUAUCUCCUAUUGCCAUUGCUCCCAUGUCACCACCAUCCUCAUCCCUGUAUCAUAUCUGACUCCAUCCCCAAUGUUCCAGCUGCCCCUGAGCUCACAUUGCCGCGGCUCCUGCAUCCCAUGUUCUCACCCCUGCAUCACCUCCAUUUCUGUACCCACAUCCCAACGAUCCUCAUGCCAUCUCUAAUCCCACAGCCCUGUGUCACUGUUGGCUCUGUAACCAUGUCCCAGGCAUUUAAAAAACCUGGUUGACUACCUGGCUUGGGAGAUUGGUAAUGGUCUAUGGAGCCUUGUACUUCUAGAUCACUGGUUAAAAGCCUGUCUGCUGACAAAGUUGAAAGGCUAUUUGGUGGCCUGUGUGGAAUGACUUUGGUGGAUCUCAAUCAGUGGAUAGGUGCCCAUGUGACAAAAACAACCAUCACAAGUGACACUAAUUGGCAUCCUUGUUGCAGUCACAGCAGAAAGGCCUUGCAAGGACUGAACGGGCUGUGGAGAUUGAACUCCCUUUCUUAUCCAUAGCUGUGAACCUUCUGUCAAUGGUAAAGAGUCACUUUCUUCUAACACUGAACGAGGAAUUUUAUUAGAAUAAGAAAAAUUGCAUUAACCCCAAGGCUAUUCUCUCCCUCUCUGUGCUUCACCUUAGAGCUUCUGCUUAGAGCCUUCUCCAGCUCCCUCUUCCUGUCUGGCUUCUUGCUAUGGCUGUAAAGAAACAGUGCACCUAUCCUCACAAUCUUCUUGUCAAGGUAGAAGCCUAUUGCUGUGAUACUGUGAAAGAUUACAGUACCACUACGUGAACUGUACCUGUUCUUUGGAUAAAGAAAGAACUUCACUCUCCAGGACCAUCAGUCGUUCACUAGCACUAAAUACAUUUUAAAGUAAUAACAUAGAACGUGCAUGUUCAUGUGUAUCUGUUUCAUCUCCUCCAGGUGUCCCCACAAGCCAUUAUCUGUAUUAGUUGUUACAAUGAGUGCAAAAGAAAAUAAAGUACAUGCAUUUGUGCGAGUCAAGCCAACAGCUAAUUUUCCUCAAGACAUGAUCAAGUAUGGGCCAGACAAUAAGAGCAUAGAUAUUUACAUCAGGAGGGAUGUUAAGAAAGGAGUCAUCAAUAACAAGCAGACUGAUUGGUCCUUUAAACUGGAUGGUGUUCUUCACAAUGCCUCCCAGGAUUCGGUUUAUGAUGCAGUAGCUAGGGACUUGGUAUCCCAAGCUCUGGAUGGCUAUAAUGGCACCAUAAUGUGCUAUGGGCAAACAGGAGCUGGUAAAACAUACACCAUGACAGGAGCAACUGAAAACUACAAGCAUAGAGGAAUCAUACCCCGAGCUAUACAACAGGUGUUCAGGGCAGUUGAAGAACACAUCGAUCAGUCCAUCACUGUCCGAAUAUCCUACCUGGAAAUCUACAACGAGACUCUCUUCGACCUUCUCUCCACUAUGCCUCAUGACAUGUCCGGUGACAUUCACAUGGCUGUUGUGGAGUACCCACAGGGUGUCUUUGUGAAGGGCUUAUCUAUGCAUCCAGCCAGCCACGAGGAAGAUGCUUUAAAUCUCCUGUUUGAGGGUGAGACCAACAGAAUAAUAGGUGAACAUACUCUGAAUAAAAAUUCAUCCAGGUCCCAUUGCAUAUUCACUAUUUAUAUUGAGUCUCAUUCCAGAAUUUUGUCAGAUGCCAAAUACACUGCUUCAAAAAUUAACCUAGUGGAUCUGGCAGGUUCAGAAAGACUGGGGAAGACUGGGUCCGAGGGGCAGGUUCUGAAAGAAGCCACAUAUAUCAACAAAUCUUUGUCAUUCCUUGAGCAAGCUAUCAUUGCACUGGCUGAUCGUAAGAGGGACCACGUCCCCUUCCGGCAGAGCAAGCUCACCCAUGCCCUUAAGGAUUCAUUAGGGGGAAACUGCAAUACAGUCCUGGUGGCAAAUAUCUAUGGUGAAGCUGCUCAGAUAGAGGAGACUCUGUCUUCUCUCCGUUUUGCUACCAGAAUGAAAUGGGUCACAACGGAGCCAGCCAUCAAUGAGAAAUACGACCCAGAGCGGAUGGUCAAGAAUCUGGAGAAGGAGAUUGUUCUUCUGAAGCAGGAACUAGCCAUGCAUGACAGCUUGGUCAACCGUUCUCUGGUGAAUUAUGACCCUCUGAAUGAAAUCCAGAUAGCAGAGAUUAACUCUCAAGUCCGCAGGUACCUAGAAGGAGCCACAGAUGAUAUUGAUAUAAUGAACAUCAGGCAAAUCCAAGAGGUAUUUAACCAGUUCAAAGUGAUUUUAAGCCAACAGGAGCAGGAAGUGGAAGCCAGACUACGAAACAAAUACACCCUGAUAGACAAAGGUGACUUUGCAGCCAUUACUGCUGCUCAGAAGGCAGGCCUGGUUGAUGCAGAGGGCCAUCUAGUGGGGGAAGUGGACGGACAGGGCUUCGGGAUUGGAGUUGCUCCUUUAUCCAAACCCGGCGGGAAGAAAGUUAAAGCCAAGAAAGCCAAAGAGCAGCUUAGCCCCAUUACAAGGAAGGAAGGAUUAGGAAGCCCUGUUUUGGGGAAAGAUCUGGAUUCUGUUUCCCCCUCAAGGAGUCAGCUGGUAACUUCCGCAAAGGAUUUGGAUGUGAAGGAGGGACUAAUACGGGAGCAGGAUGCAGCUAGUAUUGAAACACAUCGCUCGGAGUCAGUGCCCAAGGAGGAGUCCCACCGACCGAGUUCCCCUCCCGCUAAGCUGGUGGCAUUUGAGGAGUUUAAAAACGAGCGAGGAAGUGAGAUCAACCGGAUCUUUAAGGAGAACAAAGCCAUCCUCAGCGACAGGAAGAAGAAAGCGAGCGAGAUCACCCACAGACUCAACCUAAUAAAACAGGAGAUGGACAUCACCAAACAGGCCCUCGGGGCCCAGAAGAAGGAGAGGGAGGAGCAGGGCGAGUAUGUGAAUGAGGAAGGACAGAUCAUAAUUGACGAGGAGGAAUUUUUACUGGUCAUGAAACUUAAGGAUCUGAAGAAACAGUACAGGUGUGAUUUUGAUGAACUGCGGGACCUGAAAGCAGAAGUCCAAUACUGUCAGCAUCUGGUGGAUCAGUGCCGCAACAGACUAAUCUCAGAAUUUGAAAUCUGGUACAAUGAGUCCUUCCUUAUCCCUGAGGAUGUGCAGGAAGCGAUAAAGCCUGGAGGCAACAUCAGACCUGGAAUGAUUCCCAUGAACAGAGUCCUGUGUCUGGAUGAAGAUGAGCAGGAGCGGUUUGACCGGCUGCAGGGAGAAGUGCUGCCAGCCUGUCCCGAUUCCACCUCUUUCUACAAUGCCAAAAUGAAGACUGAUCAGAAGCACAAGUACUUUAGAGCCAUGGCCGCCCUCCAGCAAAUGCACAAGAAACCUGGACUCAUCACAGCUACGGUGAAGAACAAACCCCCGGCGGCGCUCCAUGUCAUAUAGCAGGGGCAGGACAGAGCCAUUUGCCUUGUGUUCUAUACAAGGAAAUGAACAAAUUGACCUCAGAAAACUGUCAGCAUUGAUUUCCACGAGAGACUUCUCAGAAAAUAAAACUGGGCUAGUGACAAACUGCUGUGGUUCACUAGAAUGAAGGUUAGGGCUAGCUAAGGUAGAGGAGUCAUCGGGCAUAGAGGAAGAUCAAAUACACUUUCGUUAAUUGAA